UUUUGUUAUUUUAAUUUUUUUUAUUUAAAAUUGCGAAUAGAAAUGUAAUUAGGAAAUAAGGAUCCGUGGAAAUAAUUUUUUCUAUUUAGUGAGAGUCAUUAUAUUUAUUUGCUGCUUUGACACUGACUUCCCUGCUUAUGUAACGGAGGAAUAAUGUUUUUUCCUUACUGUAAUCGGCAUAGGGAGGAACUAAGUGAAGGAUUGAUUUUUUGCCUUUUAAUGAAUCUUCACUUUUCCUUGGUCUAAAAACGGAGUUCACGUAGAACCUGUCCUAUCGGAAUUAAAGGUCAGUUUGACAGUUUCUAAAUGUGUGAACAAGGAUUUCAAGAAGGGUAAAAAGUUCUUUAUCUUUACUCAACGCCAAAUCCUUAAAGUUCAUACUUGCACAGGGUUUCUUAUUCUCGGCACAUUUUUGGUCUUUAAUACGUCAAAUAAUUCUGUUUAUUAUUGUUCUGCAGGAAUGCGAGCUGUUGAGAUGACUAUAUGAAGCGAGUUUCUUUCUUUACAUAAGUAUUGUAAAAUUGGCCGAGUUCUGACAUUCCGUUGGAAGUAAAUAUGGUUGUUUCCAGCAAAUUUUUUCUGAGUUAAGACGCUAUUAUUGGAGAGAUGAUUUCGUGUGAGCAAGAUCCUGAUGUUGUGCAAUGGGGCCCGCAGCUUUUUGAUGCAGGGCCAUAUUCUACCUGUGGUUAUUGUGGUGCUGUUACUCUGGAAAAUGUUGGCUGCUAUCAUGGGCAUUAUUAUAAUGAAGACAAUUAUGAAACUGAAUUUAGCAACACAGAAAAUGAUGAGCUCAUGGCACAUGCUCUUCAACAACAACUAUCACAACUCGCAGUUGCAGAAGCCCCCACACCUCCAGAUCAAUGGGAGGAAAAUCUACAGCUAUCUACUUACCCACAUGACUGGCGUAGCCAUCCUAUGGGUAACUAUGACCCCCUUUAUGCAAAAUUUGUAGGACAGGAGAGUGAUCAAGAAGACGAGGAUGAUGGAGGACCUUCUAGUAUAUGUUCUAGCUCAGAAAAGAAUUCAUAUUGUGGUGAUGAAUGGCUUUAUUCAUGGGAGGAGAUGGAUGAAUGUGCUGAUGGAGAAGUGGGCAAAAGGUUGAAUCAGAUGAUACCAAUUCCACAUGUUCCUAGAACCAACGGAGAAAUACCUUCAGUUGAUGAAGCAACAUUAGAUCAUCAAAGGCUACUGGACAGAUUGCAGAUGUACGAGUUGGUUGAGUCUAAAGUUGAAGGAGAUGGAAGCUGUCAGUUUCGUGCACUAUCAGAUCAAAUUUACCGAACUUCUGAGCACCAUAAAUUUGUGCGAGAACAAAUUGUGAAUCAGUUGAAGUCAUAUCCAGAGAAAUAUGAGGGAUAUGUUCCCAUGGCUUAUGGAGACUAUAUAGAGAAGAUGUCCAAUAUAUUUGUCAUAACAUCAUUCAAGGACACUUGCUGCAUUGAAAUUCUUCCUAAUUUUGAAAGAUCAAAACGAGUAAUUUGCCUGAGCUUCUGGGCUGAGGUACACUACAAUUCAAUAUACCCUGAAGGAGGUUGAUUAUUGCAGGUCCGCAUGCUGAUAUGUGAGUUGUUUCCCAUUUCUUCCCCUUGCUGUCAAAGUCUCAUUCUUUUGCCUGUUGGCUUGCUGAGCAAUUGCCCUCGAAUUUAUUGCAACCCAAUGUGCAUCCUUUGCGCUUUAUGCACUCGGGGGCAAUUAUAUUGACGGUGGCGGGGUUACUGGUUCGCGAUCUAUCAUCUUAUUGACCAAUUUAAUGCGUGAAUUGUUUUGAUAUCUAAACUAGAACAUGUUUGAAUUACAUGCGCAGCGUUGAAUCUGGCAGUUUGAUGCAUCCUGUCCGGUUUUGAAUUUGAGAUGAUGUUAAUAGUUAGGUGUCACCGCCUUUCCCCGUGUUCAAUUUUAUUGCAAGCUUCCCGCUGUCCUCAUUUCAAACUCUAGCAUGCCUUUGCCCUUAAUAUAUACCGAGGUGUUAGAGGCAGUAAUUUAUACUUUAGAGUAAGUGAACCGUUAAUGGAUUGUCAAUAUUUGUACAUCUUGAGGCGUAAGCCGUUGGUUGAGUAACCGGUACUUGUAUUUUGAAUGGACAAAUACAAAGGACGAACGCAGUUAGCGAGUGAAUAUUGACAUUGUUAGUGAAGGAUUGAAAGGAUUGAGUUGAGAUAUA